CCAUAAUAUUUAAAAUCUGGGACAAAGAACCAGCAGCACGGAACUGCUUCAAUUGCAAAACCUCAGCGCUGCCUCCGGAGCGGCCUGCCGGCCCGAGUCAAAAACAGCCCCUUUAAAAAAGCGGACUACAGCGUUGGGAUUCUUGAAACCUGAAACCUAGAAACAGAAUCUUAGCGGAAACCAGAAGGAAAACCUUGAACUCCUCCAGACAAUUGCUUCCGGGGAGUUUCGGGAGAGCGAGGGGGAAUAAAAGGCCCGAGAGGAGAGCCCCUCGGAUGGCGCGCCCUUGAGGGUCCUGGCGAGUUCGAGGAGCGUGGGAAGGAGAGGACCCUACCCUCUCCCUGGGCUGCAGGUCAUGGCCACCGUGGAGCAGAAAGCCCUGGGCAUUGGCUUCAAGUGUCUCUCUUUGGCCACUUUUGUGCUCAUCUGCGCCGGGCAAGGGGGACGCAGGGAGGAAGGGGGUCCAGCCUGCUACGGGGGAUUUGACCUGUACUUCAUUUUGGACAAAUCAGGAAGUGUGCUGCACCACUGGAAUGAAAUCUAUUACUUCGUGGAACAGUUGGCUCAUAAAUUCAUCAGUCCACAGCUAAGAAUGUCCUUUAUUGUCUUCUCUACUCAAGGAACAACCCUGAUGAAGCUAACAGAAGACAGGGAACAGAUCCGUCAAGGCCUAGAAGAACUCCAGAAGGUUCUGCCAGGAGGAGACACUUACAUGCAUGAAGGAUUUGAAAGGGCCAGUGAGCAGAUUUAUUAUGAAAACAGUCAAGGAUACAGGACAGCCAGCGUCAUCAUCGCUCUGACCGAUGGGGAACUGCAUGAGGACCUCUUCUUCUAUUCAGAGAGGGAGGCUAACAGAUCCCGAGAUCUCGGUGCAAUCGUUUACUGUGUGGGUGUGAAGGAUUUCAAUGAAACACAGCUGGCCCGGAUCGCCGACAGUAAGGAUCAUGUGUUUCCAGUAAAUGAUGGCUUCCAGGCCCUGCAAGGCGUCAUCCACUCAAUUUUGAAGAAGUCCUGCAUCGAAAUUCUAGCAGCUGAACCAUCCACCAUAUGUGCAGGAGAAUCAUUUCAAGUAGUUGUCAGAGGUAACGGCUUCCGUCACGCCCGCAACGUGGACAGGGUCCUCUGCAGCUUCAAGAUCAACGAGUCAGUGACGCUCAAUGAGAAGCCCUUCACUGUGGAAGAUACUUAUUUGCUGUGUCCAGCGCCUAUCUUAAAGGAAGUUGGCAUGAAAGCCGCACUUCAGGUCAGCAUGAACGACGGCCUCUCCUUCAUCUCCAGUUCUGUCAUCAUCACCACCACACACUGUUCCGAUGGCUCCAUACUGGCGAUCGCCCUGCUGAUCCUGUUCCUGCUUCUGGCCCUGGCUCUCCUCUGGUGGUUCUGGCCCCUCUGCUGCACCGUGAUUAUCAAGGAGGUCCCUCCACCCCCUGCUGAGGAAAGUGAGGAAGAAGAUGAUGAUGGUCUGCCUAAGAAAAAGUGGCCUACGGUAGAUGCCUCUUAUUAUGGUGGGCGAGGCGUUGGAGGCAUUAAAAGGAUGGAGGUUCGUUGGGGAGAAAAGGGCUCCACAGAAGAAGGUGCUAAGUUGGAGAAGGCAAAGAAUGCAAGAGUCAAGAUGCCAGAGCAGGAGUAUGAAUUCCCAGAACCCCGAAAUCUCAACAACAACAUGCGCAGGCCCUCGUCCCCCCGGAAGUGGUAUUCUCCGAUCAAGGGAAAACUUGAUGCCCUGUGGGUCCUACUAAGGAAAGGCUACGAUCGUGUGUCCGUGAUGCGUCCACAGCCAGGAGACACGGGGCGCUGUAUCAACUUCACCAGAGUCAAGAACAAUCCGCCUGCCAAGUACCCCCUCAACAAUGCCUACCACACCACCUCACCGCCUCCUGCCCCCAUCUACACCCCGCCACCCCCUGCUCCCCAUUGCCCUCCCCCACCCCCCAGUGCCCCCACCCCUCCAAUUCCAUCCCCACCUUCCAUCCUACCCCCUCCCCCUCAGGCUCCCCCUCCCAACAGGGCACCACCCCCCUCCCGACCACCUCCUAGGCCCUCUGUCUAGAACCCACAGUUCAUGCUCUGGGUUCUCUCAGAAACUUUGGGGAGGAGGCUCCUCUGUGCUGUUAGAACAAGUCUUUCCAGUUAAAGGGGGCUUCCACUUUGGAAAUGAGUGGUGAUAAAGCCCACUGAGGUUCACACACUUUAAAAAUUGGUUUGUGACACCAGUACACCGACAAUUGUGAUCAGAGGAAAGAAAUCGAAAUUUUGAAUUGCCUGAAAACAAACAAUGAGGCAACUACAAUCACAAUUAUAGCCAGCCAGCCAUCACCUCUAGAAGGUUCCAGAGACACUGAAACUGCUGAGAUGCUCUAAAUGGGAUUGUGUCUCAUGGAGAUCAAUAAGAAAAUCGUUUCUCUGAGGGUGAAAUGCAGAGUCAGAUAAGAAAUAACAUUGCUGGGUUGCUAAAUGCUGCCUUCCCUCUUUCACUCCACCUCCAUCACUUGAUCCUGGACCCUUGGCCUAGGGACCAAGGAAUCCUCACCUCUAUGUGCCACCCAGGAAGGUCGAGACCCUUUGCCUACAUCUUUGGGGAAAGAUUGGGGUCCACAUCGUGGCAAGAAACUCAACAUCAUACAGGUAUCCAAAAGCAUGUUCUGGGAUUUGCAGAGGAGUGAAAAGAUAUGCCUUAUUUUCCUUCCAAAUUCUCCCAGUUUCCAAGUGAGGAAGAGGGCGGUUGUUUACUGAAGGAAAAGGUAUGUUACCAUGUUGCUGUGUAAGUGAAAUCAGGUGUGUGCACUGACAGGCGAGUACUGAUGGGAGCAUCAGACAGUUUCUAAAACCCACAGGCCAUCAGCAGCUGGAGGUGGCUGGCUUUGGCCCAACAUGGCCCCUAAAUCAACAGACAACGGCAUCGUCAAAGAGCAACUUGUUAAUGCCUCGUGUUAAAAAAUCAAGAUUUGGCUUCGAUUUAAAUCACUUGAGAUACGAAGAAGUGAUUGAUCCUAUUUUCCAGAGACAAACAUUAGUUGAUCUUCCCAAAAUGGCAUCACUAGCACCUACCACACAAUUUCACUGAUUUUGUUUUUCUUUCUCGGUGAAGUUGUGCACCAGAGACUUCUAGAUAGAGCUGAGAGACAAUAGUCCUGACAUACUAAGGAAUUUAUCCCAAAAAAAGCAUGUGUUUGUGGAUACAAAUAUAUUUCUCCUUGGCUUUUCAACAUACUCACAAAUAUUAUCAGCUGCCUGAAAUUCCCACCAUGCCUGGGAACCACUCCACUCCUCCAAGUCUUUCUGAAUCUGCUAUCACCAGUAAGCUCUAUAAUCACUUUCUAAACAUUAGGCUUCAUCACCCAAGGGUGAAAACAGAGGCCACUGUUUAGGGCCUCCUGCACCAGCCUGUUCAAAAUUACCUCCCCCUCCAACUUUCCACGGGUCUUAAAAUUCCACUCCCAAAACCCUUAAAUCUUUUCAGGAAUGAAGCAGAAUAUAAGGUAAAUGCAAACUUAGUGCUUUGGGCUGUGGUCUCCGAAGAUCCUUCAAAAACCCAUCAAGCCAGGCUCAUUCUUUCAUCUUACUUAGAACAGAGACAUAGGACCUAGCAUGCAUUCCAUACACACCAAUGCUUGUAGCCAUGGCAGACAUUGCUAAUCAAUCACAGCACCAUCUUCCAUGGAGCCCAAUGAUUUCUACACAAUCCUCAAAUCAUAAUUCCAAAGAGCCACCACUAAUCAGUCAAAAUUGAGACAUAAAUGAUCCCUAAUUGCCAUCUCAACUUUAGAAAGCAAAAGCAAACAAGGAUUGUAUGGGGGAAUGGGGAAACCCUUGGGCAUAAAAGGUACAGUCAGGGGAGAAUAGAUCUAGGCAGAGUGCCCUAGUCGGGGUCCACAGGCACUAAAUCUGCAUUGCCAACACCAAACUGACACUUCCCCAAGCAUACCUCAGACCUGCCCUUCUCCCAGCCUGCCGCUGCCAGAGACUCUCCCAGCUUCCUCAUAGAGCUAAAAUCAGAGAUAGUUUCCAGGGCUUAUGAAAGCAACCUCCCUCCCUUGCCCCCCAACCUGGCCCAUAUUGUCUAUUUUUAGAACAUUAGGUUUCUUCUUGAGUAUAGUCCUCCAUGAAGCAGGUGUCAGAAUUUCUUGGCCACCUGCAGUGACAAUGCUGGACUCCAGAGAACCAUUCCAUAAGCGAAUGGGUUCCCCAGGCUCACAGCGUAGAGGCGUUGAGCCCCUGGCCACUGUUUUGACUGCUGGCGGUACAAAACAGUCCACCCCACACCACUGCUGCAUGGCUCACUGCGGCCAUCAGGAAGUUCAAACCAAGAUGUUGACAUUGUUGUGCAUCAAGAUGGCAGGCAUCAGGUGAGAAUGCAACAUUCAGGAUCCCAACUGCACAUCAGUCAGAAGCCCUGUGCAGUUUCCAAGAUGUUGUUUUGGUGAACUUUUAGAUGAAAUAGGGAACUGCAAAUAUAUGAUGACUUUGAAGAGGAUUAGCAGGGUUUGUCCUUAAAAGGGACUCUUCAUGUCAACCCCAGUCAUUUAGAAUUACAGUGGAGAAGGAGAAACCUCUAUACUGUAUGAACAAAGUAAUAUUUUAAUAGUAGGCUAUUACAGGCAGCAAAAUUCUUUAACUGGUUUAUAAAAUCUAUCCAAACUUGUGUCAGUCCCUGUAAAAGGUAGCAGACAUAUGAUUGUGAUUAGGAAACUGCACAAAAUUAUUUUUUCAACCCUCAUGUUAUUGUCCUCCUGAAGUUUUUUUAAUUAAAGCCAACUUUUUGUUGUAUAUAUUCAUAUUCCAUGUGUUAGAUGGAAGCAUUUCCUAUCCAGUGUGAAUAAAAGGAACAGUUGUAGUAAAUUAUUAUAAGGCCAAUGAUAUUUCAUGGCAGGUUAUUCUACCAAGCUGUGCUUGUUGGUUUUUCCCAUGACUGUAUUGCUUUUAUAAAUGUACAAAUAGUUACUUAAAUGACGAGACCCUUGUUUGCACAGCAUUAAUAAAACCUUGAGUGGUUACCUCUGUUGACGACCAGCUCACAAACAGCUUCUGUCCUGGAGCUUGGCCCAUACUCCAGUAAGACACAAGGUCUCUCUUUUACCAAGGUCAAGAACAGAGCUAGUGGACAUAUUAAUUAAUAGUCUUGGAUAUCUGGCCAUGGAUAACCUCAUUAUAAAUAUCACUAGAAUGGGCAGAGAUAAUCUGGAAGUCUCAUAUAUACUAAAGUCCAAACACUGUGUCAGAUGAGGGAAAUCCAUCCAAGAACUAGAAAAACGUAAUGAUGAGAUAAUGAGCAACAAUUUCAGCCCAGUGCCAACUCAAUAAAAAACAAUUAAUGCUGUGUAAAAGUGGGUUGAAUUAGUUUGCAAACUAUAUAAAGAUAUAUGCCAUAAAAAGCCUAUUAAUGCACACCAGAUGGGAAUGGGAUGUUCUAGUCAAUUGUGUUUUCUAGUUAUCUGAACUCUACUAUAUUAUCAUACUUGGAUAAGCAAUUUAAAAGAAUUAGAAUAUGAUUUUUUAAAUACACUUAACAUUAAACUCUUCUAAUUCUUUCUUCUAUCUGUGAUAAUUCCUAAGACAGUAUGGAUCUUCAGUGCCUCUGAGUCAGUGUUAUAAAAAUCAGUUAUUGCUGUACCUGCUAUAGGAGACUGGGCUAAAUGUGUACAAUGACAAACCCUGGAAGUUGCUUUUUUAAAAAAAAUAAUAAAUUCUUAAAAUUAACUCUUUUCCUAGUUGUGU